UGACCCAGCUGUUGUGAUGGUGAAGAUGUCCAACGUUGCAGAACAGAUUGCUCUCUAUCAGAGGAAAUUGGAGAAAUAUGCCGACACGGGGGAGACAGAUAAGCUAUUAUACUACAUCCAUAAGCUGAAAUAUCUGCAAGUGACAGUCAGCCACCUGGAAGAGACAGGUGUCGGGAGGUCUGUCAAUGCUCUGCGACAUCAUUCUGGCCUCGUAGGGGACAAGGCGAGAGCACUGGUCAACAAAUGGAAGAUGAUGGUGACUGCAGAAGAGGAGGAGGAGGAGGAGGAGGAAGAGGAAGAUGAUGAUAGACAGAGGGGAGAUCACACAGAAGAAGAUAGGGGAGGAGGAAGAAUAAAUGUACAACAGUCUGAAAGAGAGGAGGAAGAUGAUGAGGGAGCUGUAGCAGAGCCAGAUGAUGAAAUCAGGGAAGAGGAGGAUGAAGAAGACAGACUCCAAAUUGAAGAGAGUGGGGACAUUGCAGACGACUAUGAGGAUGAGGUGGACUCAGGAACCUAUGGCUAUGGCCAGCAGAGCUCUCCUGCAGGUGGAGAAAACAGCAAUGGGUACAACCCCUACACAUCACAGAAGGACUACCAGUUACUCAGUGGUAGCUCAGGAGUCUCAACUGAGUAUCAUCCCUCCAGCAUGGAUGCCAAGGCCUCCAGUUACAGCUCCCCAGAAGGCUCAUCAGGACCCAGCUGGAAAGAGGCGUCACCAAGCAUAUCCGCUGAUAGGAGGAAUGGUAGCAGUUCCAGCAAGUCCUCGUCGAAAAAGAAUAGUAAAGAGGACAAAGAUCGGCAUAGGGAGAAAGAGAGACACAAGGAGAGGGAGAAGGAGAGAAGUAGGGAUGGCUCAGGAGGCCAUGAAAAAGACAGAAAAAAGGAACACAAGGAAAAACACAAAGACAAACACAGAGAUAAGGAUAGAGACAAAUCUCACAGAGACAAACACAGGGACAAAGAUAGAAGUAGUGAUAAGCCCAAAGAAGAGUCAAGAAGAGAGGAGAGUGCGGAUGGACAAAGAGAAGAAAAAGACAGAGGAAAGAAGAAAGAUGUGCUCAAUGGAUUUAGUACCCCAGAAAUAGAAAAAAGAUCGGCUGGAAAGCACGAAAGCAGAGACGGUGCGAAAAGAAAUGUGGACGAAAAACGAAAAGAGAAAAGUGAAAAGAGUAGUCAUGGGAAAUUAGAAAGUACAAGUAAAGAAAGUUCAAGAGAAAAAGAGGGAAGGGAUAGACAUGAUACAAAUAAAGAGGGUACCCGAGAAAAGGAGAGCUCUAGUAAAGAGAGCAAUAGGGACAGAGAUAGAAGAAAAGAGGAGAAACACAGGGACAAGCAUAGAGACAGCAGCAAAAGAGAUAGGGACAAAAGUGAUAGGGAACCAAAAAGUGACCAUAGAGAAAUAGACGAAGGUUCAGAAAGUGACAGAAAAGAACUGAGUAAGAAGAAGAAAAGCAAAAAGCAUGAUAUGAGUGAAGGACUAGACUUCGGUGCAGCUUUGAUGGGUUUAGAAUCACCAGUGAAAAAGAAAAAGAAGAAAAAGAAAAAAGACUCACAGAAAGACAGGGAAAGUUCAGACGAGGGACAGCCAUCCUCAAGCAAGUCAUCCAAUAAGAGAAUGCUAUCCGAUGGGGGAGGUUUACCAGAUGCUAAGAAGCAAAAAUUAUUGGCAAAGCCACCAACCUUACCCUUCCUGCCGUCCUCAUUAAAUCUGCCGCCAGAGGAGCCCUUGCUUCCAGAGAUAACACCCAAUUACAAGCCACUGCCAAGACUUCAGCUAAAAGACGAUCCAAUGGAACACAUGUCCUCCAAGAUGACUGAAGAGGAGGCCCUAAAUAUCAUGUUUCAGUCAAAGAAUAACAGGCGUAGUAAAAUGUACUCAGGGAAAGUAACUGGAUUGGCCUAUGUGCCAACACUGUAUGAAGCCUGCAUCAGAGUCUUACAAGAAAAUAUUGAUGCUCUGGAAGUUACUGGGGGAAUUCCCUUCGAGAUUCUGCAACCAGUUCUAGAGCGAGCAUCUCCACAACAGCUUAUAACUCUUGAAGAUUAUAAUUCAUACUUAUUAGAGGAUACAGAUGUAUUAUGGGAAACCCACUGUAAAAGAGAUUUUAAGAACAAAGUAACUAAGAACAAGAAGGUAGCACCCCUCAUGGCCAAGACGCGACAGUUCUUCAAGAAAGCGUUCCGGCGUUGA